AUGGCUACCUUGUGUCGCAAUGUGGGAAUUUGCGCCUCUCAUCUACACACAAGCAGUCGUUUCUCUGCCAAACAGCAUUACAAAAUGCUGGUGCUCGGAGGGGGAACUGGAGGAAUUGCAAUGAGUGCUCGCAUGAAACGAAUGCUGGGAGCUGAGAAUGUGGCUGUUGUGGAACCCAGUGAGAUGCACUACUAUCAGCCUUUAUGGACUCUGGCUGGUGCUGGAGCUAAAACUGUGGCUUCAUCAGGAAGGCUUACAUCAAGUGUUAUGCCAUCAGGUGUUAAACUGUUCAAAUCUAAAGUGCAGGAAAUAAAUCCGGACACAAACACGGUGCGCAGCGACGAUGGGACGGAGAUCUCCUACGAGUAUCUGAUUGUGGCUCUUGGGUUGCAGCUCCAUUUUGAGAAGAUCAAAGGUCUUCCUGAAGGAUUUGAACAUCCGAUGAUUGGCUCCAACUAUUCGGUGGAAACUGUGGAUAAAACUUGGAAAGCUCUACAGAAUUUCAAAGAAGGCAACGCUGUGUUCUCCUUCCCAAACACGCCGAUCAAAUGUGCCGGAGCGCCACAAAAGAUAAUGUACCUCACAGAUGCUUUCCUUAGAAAGACAGGAAAGAGGGAAAAAGCCAAUAUUAUUUACAACACAUCACUUCCCGUGUUGUUUGGGGUGAAGAAAUAUGCUGACUCACUUUGGGACAUUGUGAAGCAACGUGAUCUCAAAGUCAACUUGAGGCAGAACCUUAUUGAAGUACGGGCAGACAAGCAAGAAGCAGUGUUUGAAAAUCUUGAUAAACCGGGCGAAACCACAGUCUUUGAGUACGGAAUGCUUCAUGUAACGCCACCCAUGGGACCCAACUCCGUGAUUAAAAAUAGCCCAUUGGCGGAUGAGUCCGGCUGGUUGGACGUCGAUAAAGACAACCUUCAACAUAAAAGGUACCCAAAUGUGUUUGGGAUUGGAGACUGCACGAACCUGCCAACUUCAAAAACUGCUGCAGCUGUAGCCGCACAGUCUGCUGUUCUGAACAGAACUAUCAAAAUGACACUGAAUAACGAGAAACCAGACAAAAAGUAUGAUGGCUACACGUCAUGUCCAUUGGUUACGAGCUACAACACAGUCGUUUUGGCAGAGUUUGACUACAAUGGGCAACCACUAGAAACAUUCCCCAUCGACCAAGGCAAAGAACGGAGACUGAUGUACCACAUGAAAGCUGAUGUUAUGCCUCACCUCUACUGGCACGGACUCCUUAAGGGCUUAUGGGGCGGACCAGAACCAUACAGAAAACUCAUGCAUUUAGGAAUGAAAUGA